ACAGCAGAUGAAUGAGUGUUAAAAUAAGACAAUAAAAGUUGAUUUGGUUUAGUUUUCGGCGCCAUUUCCUCGCCGUCACUCUCCUUUCCCAGUCCAACUGAAGGCGUCCAAUCCACGCACCAAUCAGCCAAUCACUCAAACCAACAAACCCAAAUUUUCUUUCCACAUUUGUGUGUGUUUUUUGCGGCAGGUUGGUGCGCUUCCCCCCGCAGCGGACGGCAGGUUCGGUGUGAGCGGCCCCGCACGGACGCGUUCACUGACGCCCGAGGCUGUGCCAGACGCGCACCGGAUCCGUCCUGCGUACCGGAGGGGGGUCUUCAGCAGCAGCAGCAGCAGGCAGCAGAGACCGGAGCCGAGCCGCGCCGAGCCGAGCCGUGCGGAUCUAAAGGGGGCCAGUCCAGUCCGGUCGGGUACAGACCAGGACGCCUGUGCUUCUUCUUCUUCUUCUUCCUCCUCUUCCUCCGUUUCCGUGGAGGCGCGGUGCGUUCGCGGAGACGCAGCGUCUUAUUUAUUUAUAUGGCAUCCGUCCGCGGCGGAGCCACUGCGCCCUGACGCGGACAGCUCGCUCGGACUUUUCGGGGCUUCUCUGGAGGGGAAACACGCACCGAAACCCACGCGAAAACACUCCCCGUCCCGUCGCCUCCCGCUUUGAUUUCCUGUCAGCUUUUUUCUUUUUUUGUUGUUGUUGUAGUGGGUUUUUUCUUCUUCUUCUUCUUCAACACGGAGCCCGGGUCUGAGGACUGAGGGACCGCCGGGAGCCCCCCCACCCCCUCUCUCUCCACGCUCCGUGUCGCUCCGUGUCCGUGGUCGGAGGAUGAACCAUCUGUGAUCGACGCCGUUUCUGCUGCUUUUUUACUGGAUUUUUUUCGCUGUGGAGGAAAAAAGCAGGAGCGGGCGCAAACAGCCGAGGUCGGUGUGAUUGGCUAAAAUGCAUCACCAACAGCGGAUGGCAGCUUUGGGAACAGACAAGGAACUGAGUGACUUACUGGAUUUCAGCGCGAUGCGAAACAGCGAUUUGAAAAUGUUCCCAACAUCCAUGAUGUUUUCACCUCCUGUUAGUGGAAAGAACGGACCCACCUCCUCCUCCUCCUCCACCUCCCUGGGGAGCGCACACUUCAACGCCUCAAAUAUGGAGGAGAGAUCGAGUGGAGGUUCAUGGGCCGGUGGGAGCCGUUCAUCCAAGACUUACGCAGACGGGUCUCAGUACAUGGCGUCACAUGACAGCCUGUCGCCGCCGUACGCCAACUCCAGACUAACAGGAGGUAAAUCGGAGCGUCCUUCCUACUACGGCAGAGAGUCCAACCCCCACUGUCACCAGUCGGUCCUGGGGGGGGACUUGGGCCUGGGCAGUCCUGGAGCGGCGUCUCCCACCAAACCUGCCGCUCACUUUUACCAACACUACGGAUCCAACCCCAGGAGGAGAGCGCUGCACAUGGACGCCAUGGACAUUCACACAAAAAAAGUGCGGAAGGUUCCUCCUGGUUUACCGUCCUCAGUAAGUCACAACCUGCCUUUAAGUCCUAUUACCCAUGUGUCACUGCUGCUGCAGGAUCAAUGGAAAAGAGACGAGUGUGUGUUUGGAGAACAGACCAUCGUGGGCGUGGUCGACCUGAGCGGAGAGAACGUGUUUGAAGAUCGACGCAGCAAGAAAACAGUUCAACUCAGAACA